GGAUUGUCGAGAUAUGAUGAUGAUGAUGACGAUAAAAAUGCCCAGAGAAAAUGCCCCAGUUACCCUAGUAUAACACUUGCUUCGACUGGAUUUACGAAUUUUCAGUAAGAACUCCACAAGAUCGCAAACUGUGAGUUUUUAGCCUGGGGUGCCUGCAAGAGGAGCAAAGAGGAGGCAACUACCUCUCAAUAUUUCCCAUACUAAGCAGAUGCCAAUGAUUUCAUCGUUAAUCUGUCAAAAGCUGUCAAAAGCUGUCAAAAGAAUGAAUAAUGCAGGCAAAACAUUUGUGUGGACAGUUGUUGUCGUGGUGUUUCUCCUCUUUGUGAGCUAUACGCUAAAGCCGCAAAAUCCACGUGUUCCUCUGAAGUUUGCUGUUUCUACGAAUAAUUUGGAGAAGGAUCUAAAACAUCAACAUGAGAAUCUAAAACAUCAAUAUGGGAAUCUAAAACAUCAAUAUGAGGAUCUAAAUCAUCAACAUGAGAAUCUAAAACAUCAACAUGAGGACCUAACUCAUCAAAAUGGGGAUCUAAAACAUCAACAUGAGGAUCUAAAUCAUCAACAUGAGAAUCUAAAACAUCAACAUGAGGAACUAACACGUCAAAAUGAGGAUCUAAAACAUCAACAUGAGGAUCUAAAACAUCAACACGAGGAUUUAAAACAUCAAUAUGAGGAUUUAAAACAUCAAAAUGAGGAUCUAAAGCAUCAGAAUUUUGUUUCUGUCGCGAAAGAAAAUGAAACUCCCUUUGGUGUGGUUAAAAAUUCGUUACCAGGGAAGCUUGUUGACAGAAAAUCAUCGUUUUUCGUAAAUAAGGGUAGCAUUGAAAAUAAUCGUCCGUCUAUUUCACUUUUUUUGAGAAUGUCUGGUAAAAGACAAGACCACAAAGAAAGAUUUUACUGCAAUAUGUUGAAGACGAUUCCUCUUUUCUGGCCAGGAUGGCUGGGUAAAAUGGUUCUUGUACUUGAUAAAGAAUCAAAGAAGGAUCACGCUUUUGGUGAAUCACUAUUGAAUCAAACAAAAGAACAUUUCCCUCAUCAAGCUUUUAAAAUUGACUACGAGCGACUACCCAAAGAUCCUAUGGUUUUAACUUUUCCUGAUCAGAUAAAAUCAUCUGGUUAUAAUCGUCAGUUAUGGAGCAGUUUUUUCAUAGAUCUGUACACCGAUGACGAGGUGAUAGCAUGGUUGGAUAGUGAUUCGCCAUUCGUUCUCCCAGUUACCAUGUCAACUAUAACGCCAAAUGGUAAAGUAAGAGUCUUUGGCACUGAAUGUACAAUGCAAAUGGACUGGGUGCAAUCGUGGUCAAAAAGCACAAAGAUGGCUCUAGGAUUCCCACAGGUGGCUGAUUUUAUGACAUAUUUUCCUGUGUACAUCUACCGUGACACGUUUACACACUGCCGAGAGCACAUAUUGAAAAAAUUCAAGACAGAUAACUUUGAAGAAGCCUUUAAAAAAUUUUAUCACACAGGCACCGGUUAUAUCUCUCCUGUAUCUGUUGUCAUCAGCUACGCGUGGUUCUUUGAGAAAGAUCGCUACGACUGGAAUAUAAAAAUGUGUAACAAUUUGGAUGAGUACAACGAACGUUUGCCUGAAGGCCACAAAGUUUUACAGAAUGACAUAAUUAAUGAAAAUAAACUAUUAACUCAGCCUCAAACUGCCUACCAUGGACCGUUGAAUGCCCAAGACUACUAUGCAAAACUUAUUCCAAUUUCUUACUGUUUAUCAAUAAUUGAAGCCGGCAGGAGUGAAGACAUGUGUAAAAAAUAUUCACGAUCGGAUCUCAAUCGUUUAUUUAAUCUAUUCAAAUCAGAUAUGCACAGCAUAAAAGAAAGGUUAAAUAUUCCCCAUCCAUGUAUUGGAAAUCACACUCAGUAUUGCUUAAGUAUCUUAGAACGUCACAUCAAGAAAGUUGGUGUUGAAAUCAAAGAAAACAUACGAAGGAUGACAUGGGAUGACGUCACAACAGUUGAUUCUAUAGCCCGCAAAACAGGUGUAAACUGUCCGCCACAACCACUCUAAUUCAAUUAUUAUAUCUCUGGUGAUAAAGCCAUGUUAGUCAAAUGUCUGAGCUAGGCUGUGAAAAAUAAGCUAAUAUUUUUAUUUGGAAAAUUUAACUAAUUAGUAGGUGAAUUUGCAAGAGUUCACCUAAAAAAAUCCAAUUUCAAACGAUUGCCCUUGGCAUUGUCCUAAAACAGGCUAUCUUGAAAACAUAAUUCCAUGAACAUUGUCCGCUACAAGAAAAUUCGAUGAUUUUUGAAGAUGAACCAAAAUUAGCGAGUCUUUAAAUGUGGGGUUUUUUUGUAAAAAGGGAAAAAGACCAAACAUCUAUUCCUAAUUUAGAAUGUCGAAAAUGGAGUUUUGAAUCUAAAUAUUUCAAGUACUAAAUGACAGGCAACAUUUUUAAUACAAGUAUACAACUAAGGGAAAAUUAGUUUCUCUUUCUUUUAGUUUUUGUGUGUAUAACGUCCUUGCUCCGUUCCUGUUCGAUUGAGGAGCCAACUCCAGUAUUUAUGCUUCUUAUUUGAUAAUUUAGCUAAAGACCAAUGAAUUCAUAUUAUAAAUCAAUGAUCCAAA